AUGGAUUUCUCUACCACCAUCACCGCAUUCUUGACCCUUGCUGCAACAAGCACCCCUAGCAGCAAUGCCUUUCUUUCAAAUAUUGGUAUCCAAGGGCAAUGGAAGGAAAAUCCACUAAGACAAACCCGUGUUGAUACUUCGGAUCUGAUUGAAGAGGCCUUGGUUGCCUCCAAAAAGUAUGGAGCAAGUUCUCCAGAAGCCCGUUUGGCAUGGGAAACCGUUGAGGAGAUCGAUGCCAGCGACAAUACUGCUGCCACCCUCGGGAUGACAUCCGAAUCCCAAGCGGAGGCGGAAAGACUACUUGCCGACCUCCAACAACAACAGCCACACGCGGCCGCUUUGCACAACAUGGCCGCAGAUAUCGAGGCCAUCAAGCUUUCGGCACCCAAGAAAAAUCCUUCUAAUAAAGAAGGCAAAAUCUAUCAAGUGAACAACGCCAAGCUCCAGCAAGCCGUGAGUGACGCAAAGCGACUGACUGAAUCAUUCGGUGUCCAUUCGUCCGAAGCAAAGGUCGCAUGGGAAACCGUCGAAGAAAUUGCCUCGAGUGGGCGCAUCGAGAACGCCAUGGGUGGCAUGCUGACGCCAGAAGAGUGUUUGGUAGACGCACCCGUUGAAGCCUGUGAAGCCUUGGGAGAGCUGAAUCGUGUCUUGGACGGACAAGAACAAUCAAGCCGGUAA